AGAAGGAUAGCCACAUCAAGGUCAAUGCUGUUCAAGCUAUAACGUUGGAGACGACACUAUUACUUCUCUUUAACUAGCAUUAUAAUGUCUUUUCCGAAAACACAAAGCGAAUGGCGAACCGCGUUGGAUGCACUUCCUUCUACCCCAGAGAAAAUCCCAGCUUUCUUCUUUGGGCACGGGUCCCCGAUGCUCAUUUCCAGGCAGGUCACGAACUCACCCAUGACAAGUACCAUGGGCCCGGGGGGCGAUCUUGCAAAUUUUUUGCGUGAUCUCGGACCAGCUUUGAGGGCCAAGUACAAACCGAAGGGCAUUGUCGUAUUCAGCGCUCACUGGGAAACGAUAGGGGUACGUCAUGUGACGGAUUACGGAGACAGGAAUCCUUUACUCAUGGACUACUUCGGGUUUGAGCCUUAUUAUUACCAACAAACAUUCGAUUCCAAAGGAAACCGCGCUUUGGCUGAGCGUAUCAUCCUGUUAUAUAAAGAGGUAGGCAGAGAAGCCAAGCUCUCCGGCAUUAACGAGAACCGCGGAUGGGAUGGCCGGACUUCUCCGCCACGUCAAGGCCCUGGAUUCGACCAUGGGGUUUUUGUUCCUUUCAAGCUUAUGUUUGGGGACAAGGUAGAUGACGUGCCUAUCGUUCAAGUAUCCAUCGAAAGGUCCGGUGAUCCAGAACAGAACUGGGCGGUCGGAAAGGCCUUAUCAAAACUCAGGGAAGAGGGAAUCCUCAUCUUGGCAGGUGGUCUGACCGUCCACAAUCUUCAUGAUCGAAAGCAAUUUUCAGAGAAGUCAGCGUCACCCGACGUGACGAUGUUUGAUCAGGCAAUAACAGUGGCUGCAUCCAAGUCCCAGCUUGACGAACGGAAGCAGUCGCUGUUCGACCUCGUGAAGCACGAUGGUUUCGCGCAGGCGCAUCCCUCUGUUGAGCACUUUGUUCCGCUGUACGUUGCGGCAGGCGCAGGUGAGGAGGGGGGCGUUCAGGUCAUUAGCGCCAUUUACUCUGCUCCGACUAUUGCAUUCGGCAUUUGAUCAUAUGCAGAAGAAUGUACUUUGUAUAGAAGCUACAUUACAUCGCGAACAAGAUGAGCAUUAAUAUUCCAACUGGCAUAUGUAAUGAAACACGACAAUAAGAAAUAAAACACAGAAGCCCAG